GGAAGUGUUGCGGCCGCCGCGGAGCCACGUGUGGAGCCCAGAGCCGGCUUAUGCUGCGUAAGUUUCCGAGCUUGGAGCUGUGCUCCGGGCUUGCUGGCAGGUUCCGUGCUGUUCAGCGGAAAGCCGGCCUUCCCUGCCGUCAGGAGCCCUCUGUGGAGACUCUGGGCAAGGGGUUACGGGGAAUCCGGGCUCGGAGGUGGCUUCUCUCCCCUGCUGGUGCACGCCUGUUAGAGGCCGUCGCCUUCACACUGGGGGAUGGAGAAAAGACUAUAUCUGGCCCUUCCUGUGUGAGAAUCCGUGGGCUUCUGCUACUGCACACUCUGUCUUGUAUCCUCCGAGAGAACAGAGCCCUCCAAAAUGGCUCCAUAUGUUAGGCUAGAGUGCAGCUCUGUUGGGUUGCCUAAGCAAGUUAGCUAACCCUGCUCAGAACCCAGGCCCACACAGACCUCUCUCUCCAGACCACAGAUCUUCAUCCUGCCUCCUGGUCCUCUGACCUCACACCCACACACCACUUCUCCAGGUCCCUGACACUUGGCAAACGUUAACACCAUGAGUUUCGUGGCAUACGAGGAGCUGAUCAAGGAAGGCGACACAGCCAUCCUGUCACUGGGCCAUGGCUCGAUGGUGGCGGUGCGUGUGCAGCGAGGGGCGCAGACCCAGACCCGGCACGGAGUUCUUCGGCACUCGGUGGAUCUCAUUGGCCGCCCAUUUGGCUCCAAGGUGAUUUGCAGCAGAGGCGGCUGGGUGUAUGUGCUGCACCCCACUCCUGAGCUCUGGACAGUGAACCUACCCCACCGCACACAGAUCCUCUACUCCACCGACAUUGCCUUACUCACCAUGAUGCUGGAGCUGCGGCCCGGUUCUGUGGUCUGUGAAUCAGGCACGGGUAGUGGCUCUGUAUCCCAUGCAAUCAUCCGCAGUAUCGCCCCCACUGGCCACCUACACACGGUAGAGUUCCACCAACAGCGGGCAGACAAGGCCCGGGAGGAGUUCCAGGAGCAUCGGGUGAGCCAGUGGGUGACAGUGCACACCCAGGAUGUAUGCCGCAGUGGCUUCGGUGUGGUCCACGUGGCUGACGCUGUCUUCUUGGACAUUCCAUCACCCUGGGAAGCCGUGGGCCAUGCCUGGGAUGCCCUCAAAGUUGAAGGUGGGCGCUUCUGCUCCUUCUCUCCGUGCAUUGAGCAGGUGCAGCGCACAUGCCAGGCGCUGGCAGCCCAUGGCUUCACAGAGCUCAGCACCCUGGAGGUAUUGCCACAGGUCUACAAUGUGCGCACUGUCAGUCUGCCCUUGCCUGACCUGGGGGCCAACGACGUAGAGGUCAACGUGGGCUCUGAUGCAAGCCCCUUCCGUAGUGGCACACCCAUGAAGGAGACUGUGGGCCACACUGGCUACCUGACUUUUGCCACCAAGACCCCAGGCUAGUGGGUCUCCAGAGGAGCAUCCCGGGCAAGCAGGGAGGCCAGAGGCUGCCUUAUAUGGUCAGCCACUGCCUGUGUGGCUUGUGUUUAGAAAAAGAUGGGGGGGUGGGGGCCUCCUGGGUGGUUGAGGGGGGUGAGUAGGCUGGCCCUGCUCAGUCGGGAGGCAUUCCUGUCUUCUGAGAGAGAAGCCUCCACCUCACCACUGCCCAGCACAAGCCCUCUCCUGGCUCUUUGUUGUCAACAUGAAGUUUCCUCUCCAUAGGCUUGCCUGGGUUUUGAGACCAAAUGGUACAAGUGGAGGGCGGCGGAAGCUUUGGGCACUGCCUGACGCCUGGGCUAACCUACAGGGGCAUGGAUUGUCCCAUCCCUGGUCCAGGGCUCCAGCCCCUGGUGGGCCAGAGCUUAGCUAACCAGAAGGCCUGGCCCUACUCUUAUCUCCCUGUACUUCCUUGAGGCUGAUGGAGGGACCAGGCUGGCCUAGGAUCAAAGGAGGUGACUCCAUAAUCUUGUGCUGCACAGGCCAUGUGUGAGCACACGUGUGUGAGUUCCUGGUGUGCUGUCAUCUGGGGUUAGGCGUCAUCAUCCUGUGGAGGUGGAGUGCAGCAGGAUAGGGCCAUGCUGCCAAUGGCCUGUCACUGUUGGAGCUGGGGUCACAGAGCAGGCCAUCAAGGAGGCUAAGAGCCCUGGCUGUGGACUUGCUGCAUGUGCCACCUUGGGCCUGGUGUCCAUUUCUGGUAUGUGGGUAGCUUGGAGGGAGUUUCAAUGCUCAGAUCAUCUUGGUGUGCAGCUACCCUGCAGCUGCUGCUGCUGCAUGGAACUAGCCAUUGAGAGACUUACCCAUGUCGUACUGGUAAUGACACAUUGUCGUAUGUCAUACCCGAGGAUACCUAAAGGAGCAAUAAAUGUUUUGCCCCAC